GGCACACUUGGCCACAGCGACAGUUAGUAGCGAUCGGAACGGCUCGGAGACAGCACUCACACACGGUAGACACGGUUAUUCCCAAGUCGGAUACAUUUGGACGACACCUGCGGUAAUCAGCGCGCGCAAUCUCCCGCUCUCGACUCGCGUUCAUCUCAUCGCGCUGGUCAGAGAAUAGGGCGGUUAUUUUAGGUCAAUUUCAUUCCACGAAUACUGUGUGUGUUUUGGAGAAGUUCUGUUUCUGUUUUGAUUCAUUUUUGUCGCACUUUUCGUGAAUGUUAUGCUCCGAUUGAGCGUGAGAGUGAUGUUACUUGGUUGGUAAUACCAGCUGCAACGAUUUGAAAACAAAUACCAUAAAUGGUCGACAGGCGUAUAGUGCAGCGCACAGUAAUUGCAGUGAAAAUGUCAUAAAAGUGUAAGUUGCUAGCGCAAACAACCGAUGGUCAGCGAUUAUGGACCGCACGAGAAAACGACAGUGUUUCUAAACAAAACUUGUUAUUUGUGUUGAAUAUUACCAGACAUCGUAGUGAAUUCCACCACAGGGCAUGACCAUGCGGCGACACUUUCUGGAAGCACUACUACUUGUGGCGUGUGUGCAUGCUGCAAUUGCCGGAGAUGACCCUUUGCAGACACCUGCGAGUGGUGGUUCCUCGGGGGAAAAUAAGUUUCUCAAAUACCUGUUCAACAAGUAUGGCAGCAGAGGCGUGAUAUCGUUCGAGGGCUUGGAGCAUCUGAUGCACAGUCUUGGCCUCGGUGGGUUAGACUUUGUGCCAUCUCACACGCUGGAUGAGCAUCGGCCGGAAGGUUUCAAAACUCAAGAUAUUGUGAUUCCCUUCACCGCUUCCGAUGCGGACGGAGAAGACAAGGUCACCGUUUCUUUCACUACCAUCGAUGAGAAUCCUGAUGACUCACCAGAACCACCGAAGUACACAACGUUGACCAGCACGGAUCUCCCGGCAAGCACAGUGGGAUCCACACAACAGCCUAGUAGAUCGACGGAAUCCCAUCGCAAUCAUGGCCCUCACCAAGAUGCAAUCGUAACCAGUUCGGAUCAAAUCCGUAAUUUAAACGAGGUGUUGGGAUCAGACAAGAAUGAUAACAACACUAUAUCCAGCCACUCGACCGAUGACGAGACAGAAGAUGAUAACACGGGCAACAAGUGGCACAACGAGAUAUGGCAGGAAAUUAUAUUCAAAGAGAUUCACGAUCCACAUCAUCGUCAUCUACGACGGGACGAACGCCGCAAGUCCUGCCUCUCGCCCAUGUCCAUCGUUCAUCUGAUUUUGGAAGAGCCAACGAAUCCAGAUCAAGUGCUGCGUCAAAAUUUCAACUAUAAUCUAGACCCGUUGAAUCGGUAUCGUCGCGCGCUAUCGGACCAACAUGGUUAUGAUGAGUUGGAGCAGGAAGUGGAAGAAAUCAUGGCGGCAAGAAUAAAAAUUACACCGAACACGUUUAAAGACUUGUGUCCCGCGCUGUUGGCACAGAUCGAUCAGAGGGCUUGCAAUCAAAAGUUUCAGCUGGGAGAUCAACCCCACGUGGAGAAGAAAUUGUUCUCCUAUGCUUGGGUGUAUGCUACUUUCUGCGUCCUGAUAAUUUCCAUCUGUGGUCUCGCUGGAGUUGCUGUCGUUCCUUUGGUGAAAUCGGUUGCGUACGAUGAGAUUCUACGGUUUCUGGUAGCUCUUGCCGUGGGAACUUUAUGUGGGGACGCCCUAAUGCACUUAUUACCUCAUGCCUUAAUAUCCCACGUCGAUCACGACGCUGCGAUCGACUCAUCAAAUGAUGGCAAACACUCCCACGAGGAUGAACCCGUUUGGUUAUGUUUCUGUGCUUUCCUCAGCGCCUUGUCCAUGUAUACCUUGGAAACCGUUCUUCCAAUGCUCAGAUCCGACGAGGAUGGCGCUCAUCAUCAUGGUCACUCCCACGGGCGAGCAAAGGUAGCCCCUGCACCUGAGCCAGAAUUUGAUCAAAAGCGAAGGAAUACAAAUAUAAUCGAUGACAUCGAGAUGGACCUACAGGAAAACAAACGGAAAGAACUGAACACUAUGUUGGAGAAGAAGAAACUACAGAGCAAACCGAUGAGUCCAUUGGCGUUCAUGGUUGUGGUUGGAGAUGGUCUGCACAACGUAACCGAUGGUUUGGCCAUCGGAGCAGCGUUCGCUGCGGAUCCUGUAACAGGAAUGGCAACCUCACUGGCCAUUCUGUGUCACGAGCUGCCACACGAACUGGGAGAUUUCGCGUUGCUUUUGCAAACUGGCGUCAGCAUAAAACGAGCAAUGAUGCUCAAUGUCGUUUCUUCCAUUUUAAGCUUCAUUGGAAUGUUUGCCGGGCUACUGGUAACCGGUCUGCACGAAUCAGUAGUACGAUGGAUCUACGCAGGGACGGCUGGUACGUUUCUGUAUAUUGCCCUGGCGGAUCUCGUGCCGGAAAUGAACCGCGAUCUUGGCGAUUCCGGCCCGGAUAUGAAGCCAAGUAGAAAGUUAAGAAUUAUUUUUACUCAAAUCAGCGGAAUGUUUAUAGGAGGAAUGAUUAUGGUGGCCAUUGCGCUCAACGAGGACCACUUGAGAUUGUUAUUCGAAUAAAUUGUUUAAUUGUU